AUGGAAUGUGAAAAUCAAACUUCAUUGACUGAGUUUGUUCUUGUUGGGUUUCCCUACCCCAAAAAUCUAAGGGGACCUUUAUUCGUCUUCUUCCUGCUCGUCUAUUUGUUUACACUCUUAGGAAACCUUGUGAUCCUGUUGGUCGUGGUGCUCAAUUCCAAACUCCACAAGCCAAUGUACUGGUUCCUUUGCCACUUGUCCUUCUUGGACAUGGCUGUCUCUUCUGUGGUAGUUCCCAAAAUCAUUGCUGGAUUUUUAGAGAAUGGUGGGAUUAUCUCCUUUGGAGGUUGCAUCUCCCAACUCUUUUUUUUCCACUUCCUGGGCUGCGCAGAAUGCUUCCUGUACACUGUGAUGGCCUAUGAUCGCUUCCUGGCCAUCUGCAAACCACUCCAUUAUGCCACCAUCAUGAACCAUAAGGCAUGCCUUGUCCUUGCCAUGGGCACCUGGUUUGGAGGAUGCCUUCACUCAGCGAUGGAGACAGCCCUUGUUUUUCGCCUGCCCUUUGGAUGGAGAAAUCAAGUGAACUAUAUCUUCUGCGAUAUCCCAGCUGUGCUGAAAUUGGCUUGUGCCAACACCUCACUCAAUGUGAUGGUGACCAUGGUUGAUGUUGGCCUCGUGGCUAUAACCUGCUUCUUUCUCAUACUGACUUCCUAUGUGUAUAUUGUGUCCACUGUCCUGAAGAUCCGCAGCGCAGAAGGGCGUCAACGAGCUUUUUCCACCUGCACAGCUCAUAUUACUCUGGUGGUGACUUACUACAUCCCACUUGUCUUCAUCUACUUGAGGCCAGGAUCACAGGGACCACUGGAUGGAAUGGUGGCGGUGUUCUACACUUCGCUGACUCCACUUCUGAAUCCCAUAAUCUAUACGCUGAGGAACAAGGACAUCAAAAUUGCUUUGAUGAGAUUGUCCAGUAGGACUCCCUAG